AUGAUUAAUUCUAAUGGUGAUAGAAAACCUCGGAGAUCGUCAUUAAAGUUUACAUUCGAUCCAGUGAACGAUGCAUCCGAAGGUAUUGUAUCAUCUAGGGGUUUGAAUAGACGCGUUUCAUUCUCUCAAUAUGUUUUUGUUUUGGGCGACGAGGAUGAUAGUUCUCAAAUGUGUGUUAGUCGUUUCAACUCGAAUAUAUCUGUGGAAGAUGAAUUUGCUACUACUAAUAAUAAUAUCAAUAAUAAUAAUAAUAAUGGCUAUAAUAAUGACAACAAUAACAACAAUAGCAAUAUUAACGAUAAUAUGGAAAGUGUCACAUCUAUAAGUGAUGUUUCUAUGGAAUUAUCACACGAAUCUUUCAAUGAACAACAAAACACGAAUAUGGAAGUAGAUAAUGAAGCUGAUAGUCGAAGGUUAUCCUCUAAAUGUAGUUCUUUGGAAUCAAUUACUACUUCUAGUCUAGAUGAAAUGAUGAUUGUACCAAAUGAAUUAAGUUGUACACCUAGACAUCAUCAUAAUGCUUCAGAUAUGGAGGUACAAAGUAGCAUAUGUCCAUUACCAUUACCAGUUAAUGAAGAAUUGUGUAGCAUGUCUAUCAUCUCCAAUAAUGAAUUGAAUCUUUCCACCAAUAAUGAUGGAAACAUUGAUAAAAGUUUACCUGACAAUAGUUUAACUCAUAAAAAAUAUUCCCAGCCUUUAUAUCAUAAUGACGUACCGGACACUACUCCAACAAUAAAAAAUAACGAGGAUGUAAAUCUUGAAAAAAUCCUUACACCGUCGUUCAGGUCACCUCAUUUUCUACAGUCUACAAAUACGAUGAUGACAGAUAUAGUUGAAGAUCCAUUAUUAUCGCAUAAACGACCUGUAUCGGUUGUUAAAAUGCCCUUAAUCAAUUUGAAUCUAAGUAAUUCCUUACCAUUGACAAGAAGACGAUGUAAUAUUAAUAAUAAUCUCCAAUCGGAUGUUGACAAAACGCCAAAACCUUCUGAACCAGAAAGAAUUACAUUUGUUAGCUUAAUUAAUACACCACUACGUCAAGCAAAUAUCGAUGAUACCGGUAUUAAUCUAACUUCCGUAAAAAAAGUGAUUCGACCGAAAACUUUCAGAGAUGUAAAUGAGUAUAAACCAGAACGACUUUUAUCAAGUACCAGACGAUUGCAUAAUCACCUGCACAAUCAGCUAGUUGAAUGUCAACUUGAAGCUGUCAUCGAUCAUAUUAAAUAUGAUUUUUGUAACAUUAAAAGUAUUGUGAAUUUCUUGCGUAAAAAUGAAUACAUCGAUUGUAACUUGGAAACUUUGGACAAAUCAACAUUGCUGACUGAUAUGGACCGAUAUGGAUCAGAUGAAUAUUUACAAUUGCAAAACCAACUAAACUUUCAUCUCUAUGAUAAAUUAGUUAAACGACGAUUUGUUAUUGAAACUGAGAAUAUAAAUCGAUUGGAAUUCUGGAAACGUUUAUAUUUAGAACGUAUCAGUACUGUAUUAAUUUCGCCUCAAUUAAAAUCAGUUACAAAGAACGUAUCUGAAAUGAAUUUGAUAGAGCAUUUAAAAUUUAUGGCUGGUGCACAACAAUUAUUUCAUACUUGUUCAAAAUUUGCUCAACAAGAAAUCUAUCAAAUUAUGGAUGAGAAUAUAUCUGCUCGUAAUCUAGAAUUAAAUUUGGAAAUUGAUAAUUUAAAACAAUUGAAUGAUUAUCUUGAAUUAGUGAUAAGUCAAAAACAAUCUGAACUAAACCAAAAACGACAAGAGCGGGAACAAUUAUUAGAACUCGAAACGUAUGCCAAAGAAGUAAUUCAAAAACUCAAUAGAAUCAAACAAGAAAUUGAUGAAACUACUCAACGUCAGAUUGUAAUACGUCAAUCAAAUAAAAAGUUAUUCCAAAGAAAACAAUACUUGGAAACAAAGUUGAAAGAAUUAUUAGAAAAAAAUCGUCAAGAGGAAUUGUAUAAUUCAAGCACUAUGCUUAAUCGUUCUGUCGGUUGUACAGAAUUAUUUCCUAUACCGAUCAAUGAAACAUCCAUUAUUCAACAUUGCAAUAAUAAUGAUAGGAGCAAACUUGAACCAAUAAUCACGAGACAAGUAAUAAAUUUAUUUUCACCUUGUCGUAUAACAUGUACAUCGUUUGAAACAGAUAACCAUAUAUAUGAAGUAUCAACAUUAUUUGGUCUAGUGAAUUUCUUAUUAACUUGUCAAGUAUGCAAUCUGUUAGUUGAUGACACUGAUAGAAAGAAUAACAAUAAUCAUCAAUGUAUUGAAAACAUUGACGGUAAUGAUGACGAUGAAGAAGAAGAUGAUGAUGAUGAUGACGAUAUUCAGAUAACAGUUAAUCCGGAAAAUUUGAAAGUGAUCAGUGUGCAAGUUAUCGCACCAACAGAUGUUGAAUGUCCCGUUGAGUGUCCGCCAGUUGAAUCGGUUGCUCGUAUUUUUAUUGAAUAUUUAAAUACAGUUGGAUAUGAUAGUUUACGUACACGAUGUAUUGGGUUUACAAUGGCUGAUGUAAUUGAAACAAUUGAAACUAUCAUUGUUCCGUUCAUGGUUUUGGCCAGUGAUUUACGUUGUUUAUGGUUAGCUAAAUGUGAUGUAAAUCUUGUUAUGAAAUCAAUAGAUGAUCAAUUAUUCACUGGUUGUUAUUUUACACCAAAGAAAUUACGUAAUUUAAUUGGACAAACACCACGAUCUACAACUGUUCAAUCUUUGUCAUCUUCACAUAGAACACCAUUUCAUACAAAUCAAUUACAUCAUCAAUCGAUCAUUGGUGAAAGUAUGAUACCUGUUGAAAAGUCAUUAUCGUUCUAUGAAUAUUUAACACCAUGUGAACCAUUUAGCAUAACUGUAAAAUUUUCUACACGUAACUAUCGUAUAAUGGUACGAUUCACUUUAAUGUCAUUGGAUUACAUGGAUUCCAAUCAAGGCUCCGUUGAAUUUGAAGUUUUAAGAGGAAACUUAAGAACUGAAAAACUAGAAGAAUAUUUUAAAACAUGUAAACCAACCUGUGGAAAUUUAUACAGUAUUAUAUCAAAUCUUCAAUUAUUUCUAUCAUCUUCUAGAUGA